CCCUCAUAUAUUGUCCAAAGUACCGUAUUAUAGGAAGGAAAAAAAACAUGUGGUGGAGCGGAUUUCUCCUUCCGAAACCGUACAGUGGCGCCAAAAAUUCAUUUCCCGCGGAAUAAAAAUAACGCGCCAAACGUUGGCUCCGCGCUUAAGUACUCAAAAAAUACGGCGCCGCGCAUCGAACUCGGUCAGCAUUCAGCAGCUCUUGCACCUCCGCAGCCAUUGCCGCUUCAACGCCGGCCACGACGACGACGACGACUAUGUUACUCCGGCGCAGAGCUCAAGCUCCGAGAUCCUACUCUAAAGUUACGUACGUAAGCGACAGUGAAAGCUACGACUCCGAUUGCGACGACACCCGCUGUCAGAAAUGUGGGUCCGGCGAUUCUCCGUCGAAGCUUUUGCUGUGCGACAAAUGUGACAAGGGAUAUCACUUAUUUUGCCUUAGACCCAUUCUCGUUUCUGUGCCCAAGGGCUCUUGGUAUUGCCCUUCCUGCUCUAAGAUCAAGCGGCCUGAAUCUUUCCCUCUUGUUCAAACUAAAAUUGUUGAUUUCUUUCGAAUUCAAAGGAACCCAGAAUCACCCGAGAUGCUGAGUCAGGAUAGUCUGAAAAAGCGAAGGCGUCCUAGUGGCAUAGCCAUGUCGAAAAAGAAGAGGAAACUAUUACCAUAUAUUCCAACUGAGGAUUCUCAGAGAAGAAUGGAACAAAUGGCAUCACUGGCGACGGCACUGAGUGCUUCUCGAACAAGAUUCAGUAACGAGCUCACCUAUAGGUCUGGCAUGGCUCCAAGAUCAGCCAAUUGUGCCACUCUUGAGAAAGGGGGAAUGCAGGUUUUGUCAAAAGAAGAUACUGAAACCUUAAAUUUAUGCAAAAAGAUGAUGGAAAGAGGGGAAUGUCCUCCUUUGAUGGUUGUUUUUGAUUCCAAUGAAGGGUUCACAGUACAGGCAGACAGAGGUAUAAGGGACUUAACAAUAAUCACUGAAUAUGUUGGAGAUGUUGAUUAUUUAGAGAAGCGUGAGUAUGAUGAUGGAGAUAGCAUGAUGACCCUGCUUUCCGCCGCAAAUCCUUCAAAAAGCCUUGUCAUUUGUCCUGACAAGCGAAGUAAUAUUGCUCGUUUUAUUAGUGGCAUUAACAAUCACUCUCGGUAAGUUUGGCUCCAUUAAACAUCUUAAACAUCUAGCAAAGUUAAAGAGAUUAGGCAUCGGUUAUUGUUAUUUGGCUAAUAGGCAAUAGGGUUAUUCGAAUGCAUCAAGAACAUAAUGGACCUGCAUAUAUACUGCUAUGCUUUAUUAGGCUCUGGCUUUGUGCCAUAACACUGUGUCUUCAUGCAGGGAAGGGAAAAAGAAGCAAAAUCUAAAAUGCGUAAGAUUCAAUGUAAAUGGUGAAUGCCGGGUUUUGCUGAUUGCGAACAGAGACAUACGGAAAGGAGAAAGAUUAUACUAUGAUUACAAUGGAUAUGAGCAUGAAUACCCUACUGAACACUUCGUGUAGCCUCCUUGUUGUGGCACUGAUCCCCUCACUUAGAUUAGGAUUAACAAGCUAAUUUAUACACAAAUGCUUGUUGAUCGAUGGUCCAAUUGUGCUGAACCUGAUUUUGGGUAUCUUUUUGAGUGAAUCCAGAAAGGGGUUCUCAUUUUGAAUAUCAUCAUCAGCUAAUGCUGCCACAGUUCUGAACAUGUUUUUGUCUAGUUUCAGCUUUGGUGUAUGCUAGCGAUUGCCUGGGCCUUACCAUCAAAAGCCUUUAUGUUUUUUGGAUUCAAGAAAGUGGGGGUGUCUUUUUUUUUUUUUUUUUAGACCAAUUUAACAGGCUCCAAAGGCUUUUCUCCUAUGAUGGAAUUCUAGUACUUCAGAGUUGAGAGACCCCUUCACUACCUCACCUUAGGGCUUGUUAAAAAGUAAUUUUAUUAGAAAAGUUUUUAUCAAGAAAGUGGUUAGGAAGUAUCAUAUGCUAGUGUUAACAAGUGGGUUGUUAACUUUUAUGUGUUUAAUAAGAAAUUAAUAUAGGAAAAAUGGGUAGAAAAAUUGUUAAGUGGGUUUUAUACGGGCAUAGGCAAAGUUGAGAGAAAUUUUUUUUUU